AUGGACGCUGACGCUCAAACCCAGUCCACUUUGGCCGGUAGUAAUGGACCCUCUCGCGGACGACGUGUACGGGAUUUCCGCCGGGGCUACCAGGCUUGCGAGUUGUGUCGGAAGAAGAAGAUUCGUUGUGUCGUUGACAAACCUGGCGUGUCUUGCUUGAGGUGUCAAAGGGAACUCAAAGAAUGUGUAUUCAGCGAUGAACGUUCUUAUCGAAAGCGGAACAAGACCGGCAGCAGAAGAGGAUCGUCGAAAGAAGCUCUCGGCUCACAAGAUGGUACUACCAGAGAGAGCACCUCGCCAGCUCCAGCCACUCUGAGCCAAGAUGCAUCUACUCAAGAGCCAUCGCAGCUACUCAGCAACAGCGAGGAUUUGACCUUGCCUCCACAGAAUUACCCAGAUCUUCCUUUAUCUGUCAGCAAUGCACUGGCGCACGAUCUCUCUCAACCUCGGCAUCAAGCUGUCAUGGACGAAACUUCACCGUCUACCAGCUCUGCGGGACCUGCUGGUGACCUCACAGUAACGCUUGUUUCGAACGGGAACGACGCACUGCGGCUUUUGUUCCAGCCUGCGAUCGAACACGCCAACAAGGAUGGUGCUACUAAUCCAGGUCCCGUUUCACGGCAUACACUGCACCAUACCGGAGAGAUAUCGAGUCCUGGGACAACUGCCUCUAUCAGGACAUCCUCUUUUCCUACCCCUCCCAAUCCUUUGACGAUAUGGCGGUCAUUCCGCUUUGUCAAAAUGGGCUGGUUCACAGCCGAAGAGGCAGUCAACUACGUUGAUUUGUUUCAGCAGAAUCUAGCGCCACUGUCUCCGGUAUCCAAAGGCUUUGACCUGAGCCAUGAAAGACACUACAAGCUCAUCACACAAGAGCCUCUACUCUGCUGUGUGAUUUUGAUGAUUUCAUCCCGGUACCACCUCUUGGGAGGUCACGGUGGUCUGGCUAGAAGCACCAUUAUCCAUCAUCGAUUAUGGGAGCAUUGUCAGCAUCUCGUCAUGAGAAUCAUCUUUGGCCAAGAAAAGCGAUCCAAGGCGAAAACAAGAACGAGAGGCUCUAUCGAAGCUCUUCUGCUGAUCAUAGAGUGGCACCCACAAGCGAUACACCUACCACCGGCUUCAGAUGGCUGGGACUCAUCUAUCCUGCUCACAGAGUCGGAUCCUCGGGAUGAUCAGUUCGGUAAUCAGGCAGACGCCACUGAUGACAAUCAAGCCCAGUGGCUCAGAGACGUUAUCCUCCCCGCCAAGACUUCUGAUCGUAUGUCUUGGAUGCUCCUAGGCUGUGUGCAAUCUUUGGCUCUUGAACUUGGGCUCUGCGAUGAUGGCGAAAGAGCUGAUAUGUCUACACAGCCACCAGGAUUCAAAGCAGAGCAGACACGAUUGCGCGAUCUGCUCUAUAUCUUUCUAGAGCAGCAAUCCAGUCGACUAGGAUGCCCUUCUAUGAUGCCUACUUCUGUCUCACGCUUCAUGUCAGAUCCUUCCAGACGAUACGUACAGGGCGAUUCAGCCAUAGUGACAGCAUGGCUCGACUUGACCAAUCUUACACGAACCGUCAUUGAUGUUCUGUGUCCGUCAGCCGCAGGAAUUCGAGAAAUCCUUAGUAGCUGCAGAUACGUGAACAUCAUCAAACACUUUCAGAAACAGCUAGCGGGGUGGAAGACAGCCCACCUCAGUCACGAGACUUUAUCUUCUCACGCAUACGAAGACUUGACUAUUGAGUUUAAUUAUCUCCGGGCUUUCAUGAAUUCAUUUGGCAUCCAAGCCGCCGUUGAUCGAGUCAUUGGUAGGAGGCCGCCAAACUCGAUCGAUACCGACGUUCUUCAGUCGUCCAUCACGGCAACAGACUAUUCUUUCAUCAAAGAAGUCAUCGACUCAUCAUGCCAGGCUCUCCAGUCAGUCAAUAGGCUAUUCGAGGCUGGUACGCUCCGGUAUUGUCCUGUUCGAGUGUUCCUUCGCAUUAUCAUGGCUUCUAUCUUCCUUCUAAAAGCUCUAAGCCUUGGAAUCCGUACAACAGAUCUAGAAACGUCUCUUGGAAUAUUGGAAAGAAGCAUCCAAGCUUUGAGAAAUAGUAGUCUCGACGAGAUGCAUUUGGCUUCGAGGUAUGGAGAGUUGUUGGACAUGCAUCUGGAGAAGUAUAGGCAAAGCAUGGUCCCAACUUCGAUUCCUCGAGGAAUUCAUCCAGUGGACCCAACCUCCCAAUGGAUAUUCGACAACAGCGUACCGCAAGGAGACGGUGCUCUAGGAGAUUUGCCGAUGCCAGCUGUGGAUGACUGGCUUGCCCUACCGUUUGAUCCUAGUAUAGCUCCGUUCGGCUUCGCCACUGAUGACCCCGACAUAGCCGAGCCAGAAGACAGGUCUUGGGAUUUCUUGUGGAGCUUACCAAACGUGUAA